AUGGGCCAAAAAAGUCGGCUUUCCUCAUGGGCUAAAAAACCCAAUAGAAAACCCAACAGCUUUGGGGUGUCACUGGGAACCGGAAAGACGGUUUCCGGUCAAGGAAGGUGCCAAGGAAUUCUGUUACAAGUGCAAGGAUCGGGCCUGGGAAUCAAGGAAGACUUCCUUCCCCUCACACUUGAAAGUUGUGAUGUAAUUCUGGGAAUCCAGUGGUUGGAGAAACUGGAGGCAAUUACCACUAAUUGGAAAACUCAACUAAUGAAAUUCCAAGUGAAUGCCUCACCAACUCUUCCAGCUUCACCGCCUUACCUGACCAAGGUGAUCCAAAGGUUUUGGGCAGAAAAUAUCAAAACAAGCUCCUUGAAACGAUUGAUGGCAGAGGAUCAAAAACCAGUCUCCAUUCUUUUAACAAAGCAGGAUCAAAUGGAAUGGUGAACCUGAAAUUGACACUCAGAAAGUUGAACCUGAAAACAGUAAUCCAUGGGAUUUAAUAGGAAUCGGAAUCCAAUUCCAUUCCAAUCAUUCUUUUGGAUUCAAGAUAUGUAGGAAUGGAGAAGAUGUAUGAUGAAAUGCAAAAUAUGAUAGGAAAUUGAGAAUUUUGCUACAUUAUAUUAUGAAAUCAAAUAUCAAUCAAUGUUUAACUUUAGUAUUUCAAUGUUAAUGUUUGUUUUAGAUUGUAUAUUUAUUUAAUGCUUAUGGAUUUAAAUGAUAAUGGAUUAG